UCUGUCACCGAUAGAAGUAAAUCGACGUGACGCUCGCAAACCGGAGCAGGAAAAACUUUCUUCGUGAUGGCUGCUGUAAACUCGGUCCAGAAUAGCAUUCGGUUGCCGCUAGCCGGACUGGCACCACCGCGCGUCCUUAUGUGUAGUGCCUCGAUGGGUGCGGAAGGUUCCGUCACACUUCAGCUCCGGGAAGCGGUCCAAGCGCCAGAUGCGACCGGUUCGCUGGACGGAGCGCUCACGAUCGGCUACCCGGACUCGGAAAUGUUGGCCGACAUGCUGGGCACAUUCCAGGGAGCCUCCACCGGUGCUAACGAUUCGGACGGUGGCAGUUUCGAUCUGCUGCAGGACAGUAACGGUAGUUCCGCCGGUACAACGCUACGAGCGGCCGAUCAGAUCGAGCAUCUUGCGGGGGCUAUUCUCACCAAAACGAGCAGCAGUAGCAGUAGUGGUAGCAGCAACACAACCGGUACGUCCACGGUGACGAUAAAGACAGAACCGGGCACGAAACCAGCCGGCGAGAAAACGAAUUCAACCACCAACCUACUGCCGAACCACGCGCCCAGCACGAGCAUCGGCAGCAACAACCUGUCUCCAUCGUCGACGGCCAUCCUGCACCACGGCACCACGAUGGUGACCGUGAAAACUUCGCCCAGUGUUGGUGGAGGCAACGCCAGCAUUGCGACCGCUACCAGCCCCACCAGCCUCGUGCUAACGACGGUUGGCCGGGCGGAGACGGCAUCCGGCAGCAGCAGCAGCAGCAGUGCGUCGUCAUCACCAUCGGCCGCCUCGUCGCCGGGCACGGUUUCGCUGGGCGGGUUGUCUGGCGGGCUGGCGAAGAAACCACGACCCAAGACGGUAUCACCGACCCGUCAUGGCCCGCAACAGUGUCAGGUCUGCAGCAAAGUGUUUGGAAAUGCAUCCGCACUCGCCAAACAUAAGCUAACGCACAGUGACGAGCGCAAGUAUGUGUGCGGCAUGUGUUCGAAGGCGUUCAAGCGGCAGGAUCACCUUAAUGGCCAUAUGCUGACGCAUCGAAACAAAAAGCCGUACGAAUGUAAGGCGGACGGCUGUGGCAAAUCGUACUGUGAUGCGCGAUCGCUAAGACGUCACACCGAGAACCACCACAGCGCACUCGGGCUAGCGAACUCGUCCGGUACGGCGAGUCCCGGCCCGGUUGGAAGUAAUACAGGACCACCCGGUGGGCUUAGCUUAUCUCCGGCAACUGCGAGUGGCGAUGCGAGCUCUCCACAUGGGGCAACACUAGUCCAAUUCACCACCACAACCACCGGCAACGGAACGACCGGCAGCUCCAGCUCCGGCAGAGACAGCAAUUUCAGCCUUUCGAGCAGCAGCUCGAGCAGUAGUUCCAGCAGCAGCAGUAGCAGCAGCAGCAGCAGUAGUAGUAGCGGAAACGUCAGCGACUCCAGCUCCAGCUGCAAAUCACCGUCGCCGAGCUCCCCGGCACCGGGCACGGGCAAUGAAGGGCUCACGCGCCAACAGCUCGACCUUAUAUCCCAGAUCAUGCAGCAGACGAAGCAGGCGAAUGCGGCUGCGGCUGCAGCGGCCGCUGCUUCCAGUGGCAGCGCGAACGGUAGCAGCACUGGCCAGUUGGUCACCACCAGCCAGAAGGUGCCGGUACGCCCACGGACGUGGAAUAUGCAGCUGCAGCUCAGCCAGAACAAGCUGUCCGCAACGACCGCAACGACGGCGACGACACUAACGUCAGCGGCGGCGUCGACAACGGCGACGGUGGUCAGUGCAGUGCCAGUGCCUUCGAUGGCAGUCACACCGACGAGCGCCAACCCCACCAUCAUCAGCACACACCCGAACGGUACCAUCACCACCACCAGCACCACCACCACCGCCGCCACCGCCACCAACAUCAUCAGCAGCAAGGCGACAAAUGCUGGCAGCGCAAGUGCCGAUCCUAAUGGGCUACUCUCCGGGACAGCGACCAUCUCCGUGUCAUCGACGGCGGCCGGCGCGUCCGCCCUCAGUGCGGUCAAUGCGGUUUCGACGACAGCCUCCACUGUGACGACCACCACACUAACUACCGGCACUGGACAGGGGGCGCAGAAUGGACACCAACCGGCUGCUGGACCCCAACUACCCGCCACUACCAAGCUCGAGCAGAAGCCGGUCGAGUGUAACCUGUGCCAUCGGAAGUUCAAAAAUAUUCCCGCCCUCAACGGACACAUGCGAUUGCACGGGGGUUACUUCAAGAAGGAUUCGGAGGCGAAGAAAUGUGAUAAGAAGGAAAACACUGGGCCACCUCUGCAGACGGCGAGCGUUGGUGUGCGGGCACUGAUCGAGGAGAAGAUCAUCAAUAAGCGCAGCAAGGAUUUGAAGAAUCUCUUAUUGAAGGGCUCAUUCGUCGUGCCGGCACCACCGCUAACCGCCCGUCGGCUGAUCGACGCCAACGAAGCAUUCCUCUCACCGAAACCGAGCACGGUAGCGAUCGUCUCCACGUCCAACGGUACGACGCAGAUCAUCAACACCGCCACGCUGCACUCCAAAGCGACGCUAAUCAAUGUUACCAGCUCACCACAAUCCAUCAGCACUUCGUCCGCGCCUUCGAUAACGAUCAAUGGAUUGGCAGCAGGCACCGGCAGCACUACCACGGUGGCCGGUACCGAGCUGAAGGAUGCCACCUUAAUCGAACUGCUCAAGCGCGGCACCAAGGUGGCGGUGAAACGGGCGGCCUCCACAGGGGACACCACCUCCGCAGUGUUAUCGCUCGCGCAACCUGCGAUCAAUCCAACGAUCACCUCCACGGCGAUUGCUAACCACACCACGGCCCAGCUGAUCACAUCCGCCAACUGUCGGACCGUGACCGUGCUGCCCGGUGCAACACUGUCCACCACGCCAAAGAUGUCGCCCACGAUCGCCGGCACGAGUCUGAUGGCGAAUCCCACCAACGAUGGCACUCCCCUAUCGCUCACCAUAUCGCAAACUCCAUCCUCAGCACCAGGCGAUGUGUUCACGUUGGCCUACUCCACCGACUUCGGCGAUGGUGAUGUGUACAGCGUAAGCGAUACGGCCAUGCUACUGCAGGCCGUCGACCCGAUUCAACUGUUGCAAGACUCCAACUCUACCGAACCGCUCGACGAGAUCGCUCUCUCCGAUUACGGCUCCAUCAGCGAUCAGGGCUUUGCACCGUCGCGUCAAAUACAGGCCGUCCUAGACUCUCCUUUGCCGGAGGGACUGGCCGAGUUUGGGGCCCUGCACGGUAAGGACUUCAGCGUGCUGUACGGUGGCACAGCAACGUCCGGCGAAGUGAACGGCGGAACGACAUCUUCCACCACCAAUCUGCUACAGUCAUCCCCGUCCGGUCCUCAUCUGUCACCGCUUCCCUCACCACUGGCCUAUCCAACACCGCCGGCUUCACACGAGGCGGUAGCGCAGGCAUCGCCUUUCCUGGACGACUCGCGCCACUUCACCGACGCGGGUUCCUUCUUCGAUGACAAGCGGGGGGCGCAAAGUUUCCUCGACGAUGGCUUCUUCAAGACCGAACCGAAGGACGACGAGGCGAAGGUGUCCGACCGCGAGAAGAUACUUGCGCUCAAGCACGAGCUGCUCGAUGAAAACCACGACCUGUUCCGAGCGAACAAACACCUGCUGGAUGAGCACUGUUCGGAGCUGUUCAAGACGGAGGAUAGCUUUUUCGCCGAAUCAAAGCCCACCUCGGUCGAUGGCGUGACGUCCAAGAUGAAUCUGGACUUUCUCGACGACGCGCAGGUGUUUAUCGAGGAGACACGCAACGCUUCCUCGCCGCUGUCGAAUGCUUUCUUCUCCGCCACCAUGUCGUCGGCGGCGCAGGUUAAGGAGGCGCUCGAAGAGGUACUACCCAACGAUGACGACGAUGACAUUGGCGUGUCGGAGGGUGACAUCGAUCUGUACUACCUGAAUGGCCUUUCCUCGCUGCAGUCACAAAUGAUGCCCAACUCGGACGAUCCGUUGCUGUCCUCCUCGCCGAAAGACUUUGCCCACCGGCAGCACCAGAAGUUUCUCUUCGAACAGAGCCAAGCCGCCCAGCAACAGCAACUGCAGCAACAUCAGCAACAACUCCAGCAGCAACAGCAGCAAUUGCAGCAACAACAGCAGCAGCAGCAGCAACAACUAUUGCAACAACAGCAGCAAACAGCUGUUGGCGCAAUCAAUCAAUGCAUGCCUCCCAGUGCCAAAAAAUCGAAGCCCUCCGACGUCGAAUCGGCCACGUUCGGAGGUGACGCGAAUAAGGUUCCCCUCACGGUACAAACCGACCCCAUGCCAAAGGACGCGGACAGUGUGUUUCUCAGUCCGAGCAGUCUGUCCUCACACAGCUGUUCCUCUUCUUCGUCGUCAUCCUCACUGUCGCUAUCGUCGGUAGCUUCGCCCAAGCUGCAGCACGCGCUCUUAGGCAGUACCAGCUCCGGAGGGCCAGUGUGGCCUCGCAAGCGUUCCCAGACAUCGUCCGCUGGUUCGGUAAGCGUGUCCAGCCAUCCCAUUGGCCAGCGCAAACCCACAAUCUAUCUGUCCAAACUGCGUCGAUCCACCACUUCGCUCCUGCCGGCCUUACACUAUACCCCUUCGCCGAUGCUAAACCCUGAGCGCAUCGGAACUACCGGGCUGUACACCAACGUAACUCAUGCUCGCUCAACAGGUGCUGCGGAUGUGGAUCUUGACUCCACGAUGGACAGCACGAGUGACAUCUUUUCCGAGCCUCCCUUACCGAUACGGCCGCGCAUUAAUCUCGGCCCGGACUAUCAAGCCACCGUACCCGAAUGUACUCGUCCGGUCUACGGUGGACUGCAGCAGUUUCACGCUGCGCAACAGGCCCAGCGGCUCUGGGAUCCGGCGUUAACCCCGAACGAGCGACAAGUGCAACGCUUCAUCGAGCUCGCCCGUUCGUCCGCCGCGCCGUUGGGAUGCCACUCGGAGGAAAAUGCGCUGCGUGCGCUACUCGAAGCGAACGGCGAGAUACACCAGGCCAUACUCGGUAUGUUGCAGGGCCCACCCGCCACGCUACAUCGCCGCUGGACGGCCGACGAGAUCGAGCAGCUCAUACAGGGCCUGGAGGAGUACGGCAAGGACUUCUACCGCAUCGCACGCGAUCUGCUGCCCGGCAAAUCGACUGCUGAUUGUGUGCAGAUGUACUACUUCUGGAAGAAGCUUGGAAUCGACUACAAAGGCACGACGGCCAGUCUUGCUGGACCGAAGUACACUGGGUUGCAUGGAUCUCCAUCGCCUACUCCGUCACCGCCGGCUCCACCGCCACCGGUCGAGGAUCUACUGCUGGAUCAUUUGGACUAUACGGCCAAUGCGAACACCGUGACGACACUGCCGAGAUCACACCAGCCCGUUCAGUCGGUUCAGCAAAAUGGCCACUCCGUCAGCACUCCCAGCGAUGUCCGACCGCAUGUUUGCGAAGUUCCUGACUGUUCAGCGAGCUUCUCGUCCAAAGCGGCCCUCCACGGUCACAUCCGCAUACACUGCAUCGGGCGUAGCCACAGCACAGUUCAAAAUGGUAAUUUUUUGAGUGCCGCCGGUAACCCCAUUAACCCUAACCACAUACCGACAAAGGAUGACUAUCCCUGCAAGGUGUGCGGCAAGGUAUUCAAUAAGGUAAAAAGCCGAAGCGCUCACAUGAAAUCACACCGGCCGCAGGAUGCAAGCGAUCAGCUGCAGCACCAACUACAGCUGCACCAGCAACAGUUGCAGCAGCAACAGCAACAGCAGCAACAACGCCAACAGCAAGAUAAUGAAAAGCAAGAAAUGCACGCAGAGGAAAGCACGCAACUGCAGCUAACAGUGACGAAGUGAGCCAACAAACAAACACAUCUCCAUGGCAACCGUGACGACAUGAAGCUCCCACAACAACAAAAAACAAUGGAGAACACGCAGCUAGACAAUCUUUUUGCCAAACAAAAAAACAAACAACAUGUAACACAAGAAAAAGUGAUGGCCCCCCCAGUACGGGUGAGGUGUCCCGCCACAGCCAAAACACACUGAAACGCGUCUCACCGUUUCCCACCACCGUUUCAAGCAAGUGAAGCGAAAACUGUAAGGACGUUAAGGAGGAGUUUAGAGGAAAGAAAAUGGAGAAAGCAACACUGAGAAACUUUAAACUUAACUAACGAAAGGUUGUUAAAGCUACAAAUUACCGAAGCAAAUCACAAUAAUGUGGAAGCAGCAAAGCAGAUAACUCAGAAAGAGAGAAAGAGGGAGAGAGAGCUCAAGAUAAAUCUGCAGUAAAAUCGUUGCACUAAGCUGUUCUAAGGAAAGAGAGUAAAAAAUUGAUGAUAAUGAUGAUGAUGAUGAUGAUGAUGGCACCCGAAUGCCUAACACCCGUUGUAGUUGUGUAAGUACUGUGAAAAUACCAGGUCAAAUUAUGUAACUUCCAAGCAAAUGUCCUCCUAAACCGCGGGACUUUACCUAACCUUAUGGGCACUAAUCGGUGCCAGCGGUGUGAAUCGAAAGUGAAGAACUUUAAAAUCUCUCUUACAAAAAAAAAACAAAACAAAACAAAAG